CUUGUGUCAAAUAUAUUCUUGUUUGAAGCAAAUCUUUCUAACACGGCGGGCAAAUCUUCUGACAUUGAAAGUUUCAAGAAGCAUUUCGGGAAUAAGGUUGAACAUGCAGAAAGGCGGGAAAAAGUGAUUGUUAAAUAUUACAAGUGGAGAAAUCAAAGUAGCGAUAAACAAACGCUUGAACGAUGGCUACUUAAACCAAUCAAGAUUGAAAACAAAAAGCAGUGCUGGCCAUACUAUGGGAUGGACAUCCAGGAAGCAUGGUCACUGGGCUACACAGGACUUGGCGUCAAUGUUGCUAUUGUAGAUAUUGGGGUAGAUGUUGACCACCCGGACUUAAAACGAAAUAUUGAUUUGAAUCUUUCGUACAGUUUUGUGGACAAAAAUUACAGCUUUGUUAGUCCUGACCGUUUUAGAGACUACAUGGAAACCGAGGAAGUAACAAGUCAUGGGACAAUGGCGGCUGGACUUAUUGGUGCGGAAUUUGGUAAUCUAAUAUGUUCUGCUGGAGUUGCAUUUAAUGGAAAGUUGGCAGCUCUAAAAGUGUUCCAAAUAAACAAGCAUUACAUCAGUUUGGCAAUAAAAGAGGGAUUUCCAUUUUCAAUAGUUAAUGUCCCUUCUGCACUUGAAUAUAAACGACAAGACAUAGAUAUUUAUUCUUGUAGUUUCAAUCUUCAUAAUAAAUACAAAUCGGCAACCCCAGAGAUGAAGACAGCGUUACAGGAAGGAGUUCUGAAGGGCAGAGGGGGUAAGGGGAGCAUUUUUGUAUUUUCUGCAGGAAAUAAAAAAGGUCCGGUUUAUGACUGUAACAUGGAAGCUCUUGCAAACAGUAUUUAUACGAUUACAAUUUCUAGUGUUGGCAAGGACGGCUCGAUACCUUCUUAUGCUAUACCCUGUGCCACUACCUUGGCUUCUACAUAUGGAGAGUUUAAUACACUCAGAGGUCCAAAGACUUUGGAAACUACAAGUCACGAUGGCAUGUGCGAUUACUUUAAAGGAACUUCAGCAUCAACAACUUUAGCGUCUGGAAUAAUUGCUUUAACCUUACAAGCAAAUCCUAAGCUGACUUGGAGAGAUGUUCAACACAUAAUAGUACUAUCUUCUUCUCACGAAAGACUUGAACAUACCGGAAGAGUCGGAAGACUAAUGAAAAAUGCUGCCGGGCUACAGUAUACUUCUUUCUUUGGAUUUGGAUUGAUGAAUGCUACGGCUAUGGCAUUGUUGGCUGAAAAAUGGUCGACUGUACCACCUCAAAUACAAACUACAGUAUACGAAACAAAAAGAGAAAAUCGGCUACUCCAUCAAGAUGCGAUAGCUGUAACAGUUCAAGUGGGACCAUGUGAAAAGAGUGAACAAAGUGUGACUUUCUUGGAGCAUGUACAAGUAGAGCUGAAAUAUGAUAAACAGUUUGAAGCUUUGUUGGACAUAUUGCUUUGUUCGCCGUCGAAUUCCUGCUCACUUUUACUAAACAGGAAAGCCUAUGACGGGAAACAUGAUUACAAAACUAACUCAUAUCAUGGUAAACGAUACUGGAAUUACACAUCAGUACACUUUUGGGGAGAAAAUCCUACUGGACAUUGGGUUCUGAUUGUUCAUAAGAGCAAUCAUCUUGAUCAUGAAUUGUUUAAACUGCAAAGAGUUGCAUUAACGUUAUAUGGAACAUCACACAACCCCUCAGAGAGAUUUUAUAACGUGCAUUACUAUGAUAAUAAUUUGAAAGAGCAGGGAUUUUUUAAUCUAACUGAGUGGUAUAGCAAGUUUAAACAUUAUGUGAAAAAUGAACUUCCAAAGAAUUCUAAAGACAGAACUGAAGGUGCUUUGAAAGAGUCUAGUCAAGGAUUUACAGGCAAUGAAGUGUAUAUCGCCGUCGUUACAAGUUUUAUAAUAUUUGUUAUAAUUCUAGUUGGUUGCUACUGUAAGGAAUUCAAGGAAGCUUUGCCUUAGUACGCAUAGAACGAACCAUUCUUGAUUCACAUGCCUCGUUUCAUUUACGUUAAUUAUGAUAGGAUGGUGCUUCUAGUUUAAAAUUUACUCAUGUCUCUAAUAUAACACUAAUAGAGUAAUUGUCCCGAUUAUCCAUCAAUAUUCAAUAAACUAGAAAUUAAUUAUGUAAAUGCAAUCUUCGGCAAACUGAUAACAAGAAUUAGUCAUGUUUUGUCGUUUGAUAUUUGAAGACAAUGGACUUUAUUCAAGAUAAAAGAAUCGAUUUGUUCAUAAUGAUAGAAUGGAUUAAGUUCUUAAUGAAAGAAUUAGGCCUGGUUUAAAAUGACAGAAUGGGAGUUUAAAAUGAAAGAGAAAACGAAAGAAGCAAAAGUCAAAAUAAAAAUAAAAAGGAUCAUUUGUGAUAUCAUGUUGUAAUAUUUUUAGUUUAGAUCUAUAUAUAUCAACAUCUUAUAACGCCUUUAAUUUGACUUUAUCUAUAACAAUUGUGACCACUUUGUUUUGAUUUACAGAAUAAAUUCCUUUAUUGAAUUUUGAUCCAUGUUCAAGAAAGAGCAUAGGUGAGUCACGACAUUAGCAGAGCAUAUUUUCUGGUUUUAAAAUCAAACUUUUGUACUAUUUGCAUAGAAAUCUAGCCCAUAAAGUACAGCUUAAAGGAAAAGAAUCUUUAUUUUUAGUAUAGUCAUUUAUAUACAAACUAUUUGUUUUAAUUUUACAUAAUGAUAAGAAUAACAAGCAACAUUUUUCUGCCGGGUAAGCGCAAAUACUCAAUCAAGAAGUCAUUAGUUUACUUAUAUUGUUUUAUGUCAUUUUCUUUAUUAUUAUUUACCUUAAGAUAUUUUGAUGUGUAAAAUUCCUGUACACCUCUAGCAAAAAAGGGUUAUAGAAAUCUGUAAAAGAAGAAGUGAUCCCUCUGAAGCACUGAAUACACAUAUAUUUCAUGAAAACUGCAGUUUCGGUUUGAUAGAACACGUUCAUGAGAUAAAAUGUAAAAGUGCAACAUCUCUCACAUACCAUAGCACCGGCUUAAGUUAUUUUUUAUAUGCAACACAUCGUCCUUGAUCCUAAAGGCCAAGAAAAUCUUACAAUACUGAUCCAAUGUGAUGUACAGGACAACCUUUUACAGCUGCGAUUUCUUUUGGGUAUUCAGCUAAACCUUCUCUCCGCCCUGUGGACCACUCAUCUUAUGUACAAAAACAACAUAGAUAUGGAUGAUAGGAAUGUAGUGCCGUUCUCUUUUGAUAUCUUGGUAAAGAUGCAUUUAUAAGGAUGCAUUUAUCUUAAGAUCCUAAAACAAAUUUAAGGUGUUCGAAACGACAACAAACAAUGCAUUGUAUGUAAAAUUUUGUUAAAAACUAUAAUAUCAGUCAUUAGUUAAAUGUUUAUCUAGAUAAACGGAAAUUCCCGGGAACACUUAUGAAUACAGUCACUUUUUUAGAGACUAAUAACAUGAUUUAGUUAAUACCUGCUCAUUUUAUGUUUGUAAAAUUCAAUUGGUUACCAGUAUUUGUUGAAUCACAAUUCAGUCGUAAGUAAUAAAAAAGGUUAAUGAUUAAAGAUCAAGAAAGAAUGAAACCCGGCAUGCUGAACUUCAAGCUUUAUGAAAACUAGAAGUUUAUAAUAUAAUAACUACUUAUUUUUGUUAUAAAAUGUUUUUAAAUAAAAUUACUAAUGACAAACAGUACAAUCCUUAAACAAAAAGGUCGCUGUAGAAAUAGAAAUAAUAGAUUAUGUAUAAAAUGUAAUAUGCAAGUUAUUGCAAAUGAAUAACAUUUUUAUUUGAAUGACAUUCUUUUUCUGAUUUAAGAAUUAGCAUAGCGAAGUUUGAUUAUAUUUUAAGGCAUAUUGGAAUCUAUUUCAAAACAAUUGCAGUGAUAAAUCUAGCUAGAUAUAAUUACUUUUCUUUAAAUAAAAAAACUGGUAAGUUUUCUGUAAAGUUAUUUAAGUAAAAUGAUAUUAACUCAAAGCUUUUUUUCCUGAUAUUUCUUGUCAUCAUGUUACAAUGUCAUAAUCGUUAUUAUACUUUACUUUUCUGUGGUUUAUAAAUAUAUAGAUAUCAGGUAGUAUACAGGCGUAUAAUUAAUUGUCUUAACUUGAAAUGUGUCGUCACGCCACAGAUGCCCCCGCAUGCAGCCAAAUUUUCAAAUGUUAUAAUAAUAUUUAAUGCCAAAUUUAUUUGCACAAACUAAACUAAUUUUUGUUCUAAGUUCAAAGCCUGUAAACAAUUUAAUGUAAACGCAAACCAUUUUUAAACAAAGUUCAAUGCCCUGAAACUAUUCAGUGUUGACCUUUUGCAAAUUGCAUAUUGCAUAUUUUAGCUGAGAUAAUGACUACACUUAUUUUUACAAAAGUAAGAGGGCUGAAACUGAAAAUUUCAUGUUUUCCAACGUUCAAGAGAGAUAACUUUGUCCAAUGUCAUCGAACCAUGACCAACUUCAAAGUUUGACACGUUACUAUAUAUCAAAUUUGAGUUGAAUGUGUUCAACCAUUAACGGAACGAACGGAAACUAAUUUCUUUUUCAAUGUUCUAGAGGGAUAAGUAAAACAGUAAUCAUCAAACCAUGACAAAAUACGAACUUGACCAGCGUAUUCUUGUGACAUAUGUAUAUGUAAAAUUUGAGUUAAAUAUUUACAACUGUUGGGUAGAUAAUGAACGUAAAAUGAAAUUUUCAUAUUUUUACAAAGUAAUAGGGGCAUAGCUCUGCUAAAAAUCAUCAAACCAUGACCAAAUUUGAACCUGACCUGUGCAAUUAUUUGGCAUAUCCAUAUGUCCAAUUUGAGUAGAGUGUGCAAAUGAUGAGACGGCAAUCAAUGGAAACUGAUUCAAAGGGGCAUAACUGCCAAAAAUCUCGAACCAUGACCAAAUUUUUAUGGCAGGGCAUUAAAAUGAUAUAGAUCAGGUUCCUUAAAUGGUAAUACUACCAACACUGGCUUUUUAUCAUGUUUGGCUUUUGCAGGUUGUAGUAGAUGAAAUCCGUUUCUUUAUACUGUAAACUGUUUAAGUGGUUUUAUUAUUUCUAUUUAUUGAAAUAAAUUAUAUUUUUUGCACACAUGUUAAUUCAAUAUUGUCUAUCUUGCCAUGUAUAAUUCAUUGAUUCCAUUUAAAUUGAUGUACAUGUAAUGCUGGUGAAUCAUGUAUGUUUUAUUGCAAUAAUAACAUGUUGGAUUCUUAUGCCAAAAUAUUUUUUGAAUUUUUCUGCCAUACAUCGGGUAUAUGUUUUUUGUUAUUUUCAUUUUUUUACUUGACCUGUAAUAGAGAAUACAGCUUCCUAUACAUAGUUUUGACAUUGUUAAUUUCAAAUUAGACAUAUUUAGUAAAAAUUUCAUAGAUUUUAACAAAUUUCUAAGAUAAAAUUAUUUUACUCAAAGAUCAGCAUGGUAUAUAUUUAAUUCAAGUUAUUUAUCAAAAUCAUGUACACAUCUAUAGUUAUAAGCAGUAUUUUAUACCAAUAAAGAAUAUAUCCCACGAGUCUUUUAACAUUUAUGUGCCAGUGUAUUUUACAUACAUGUAUUUUUAUUCUUCUGUCUGUUUGUUUUGUAGACUAUUUCGAACUUAUCAUUGAGCCUUUGUAUUAAAUUGAAAUACUUGCGU